UCAUACAGUAUCAUAUUAUGAUACCACUAGCAUAUCUCUCAUCAUUAAUUAUAGUGCAACAUCAGAUUUUUACCAAGAUUGCAUGCAUGAUACUGCUUAUCAUACUAGCACUAUGGCUAGCCUUAUGCUGACAAGUGGCAUAUCAAGUACUGGAGCGUUGCAUGGUAAGGCUUGGACUUGGUCAAAGGGACUCCGAGGGACCUGGGCCUAUAAAUGUUGACCUCGGCACCCUGAGCUGAGCACUUGCACCAACAGCUAACAAACCAUCAUUGUUGAAAACCAAUAAUGGCAGCUUCUUUCAGCGAGGAGCUUUUGCAGGCACACGCCGAGCUUUGGAACCACACCUUCAGCUACCUCAAAUCCAUGGCGCUCGAGUGCGCCAUCAAGCUCGGGAUUCCCACUGCCAUCCACCGCUGCGGUGGUGCCGCCUCGCUGCCUGACCUGCUUGCUACCCUUCCAGUACCAGAGAACAAGAAAUCCUACCUACCUCGCCUCAUGACGUUCCUUGCCGUAUCAGGUAUCUUUACUGUUGAUUUUCCGACAACAGGGGAGUGUGCAAAUGGUGGCGCAGACGGUACCUACCGCCUCACUCCACUGUCUCGCCUCCUCGUGGACGAUGACACAGGCGCUGGUGCUGACCGUUGCACGAACUUCUCGCCGUUCGUGCUCUCCCAGACCAACAGGUAUCUUGUCACGGCGGCCUUGCACCUCUCCGAGUGGUUCGAGAGCGAUGAAGGCUCAGCCUCCGCUGGGACGCCGUUCAAGAUGGCGCAUGGCACAGACCUGUGGACAAUCAUGUCCCGUGACCCGACAAUAAAUCAGGUCUUCAACGCCGGCAUGGCAUCCGACACCCAGUUCACAAUGAAUUUCGUCGUCAACAACUGCAGCGAGGUGUUCGACGGGUUAACCUCACUUGUCGACGUCGGCGGCGGGAAUGGCACAUCGGCGAGGGCGAUCGCCAAGGCCUUCCCACACAUCAAAUGCUCAGUUCUGGAUCUUCCCAUCGUGAUCAAUUCCACCCCAGCUGACGGUGUGGUCAAGUACAUCGCAGGUGACAUGAUGAGUCUAAUCCCAAUGGCUGAUGCUGUGUUCCUCAAGCAUGUGCUGCAUGAUUGGAAUGACGAGGUCUGCGUGAAAAUCCUGACGGAGUGCAGGAAGGCAAUCCCCAAGUCCGGGGGGAAAGUUAUCAUCAUGGACGUCGUCGUCGGGUCUCCUUCUGAAGCCAAUUACGAAGGCCAGGUCAUGUCCGAUCUGCUGAUGAUGGUAAUCACAUCAGGCAAGGAGCGUGACGAGCAUGAGUGGCGCAAGAUAUUCAUGGACGCUGGGUUCAGUCACUACAAGACGAGGUCCAUUGUAGGGUGUUUGUCCAUCACCGAGCUGUACCCUUAAUUAGCCAUGCAUGACUACAACAAAUAUUUGUUGGUCCUGGAAAGUCUGUUGUGCUGGUGUAGGGCCUAAAGUAUCUUUAUCUGGUAGUGGUAGGAGUUUGUCUGUACCCCUCAAAUGGCUUCAUCUGUUGCCUAACUGGGUGGAAAUUAAUAAAUCAGAUAUUUUUAGUGGUUGA